CUAAAAUGAUUGUAAAUUUUCUCUUUUUAUUUGUAUUUUGUUCAUUAUUGUUAAAGGGAACAUUAACACUCUCUGAUAAUGAAAUCGAACAUGCUUAUGAUGACUGUUUAAAAGAAUUCAAUAUUGCAGUUGAUGAAAUUGAUUCAAGUGAAAUUGAUGUAAUUUGUUUUCACACGUGUGUUGCUAAAAAAAUUGGCAUUAUUGAAAAUGGAAAAAUCAAUGAAAAAGAACUUUUUGAAUAUUAUUUCCAAUCGUCAGUUGAUUCACAGGAGACAAAAGAAAUAAUCGAGAGCUGCAUUAAAGAAAUACCAUUUAUUCAGGACGAUUGUGAAUUGUUUAAUGAAUUAAGAAACUGCAUUUUAAAUGAAUAAAAUUACUAUUCUUAAUGAAGGAUAAAAAUGAAUAAAAAAUUGGAAAUGUAAAAAUCUCCAUCAGGAUUCGAACCCAGACUAAAUGGUUAUUAAUCAGUUACUUUAAUACCGGGACUAUUCAUAACAACUUGCAAAAAUAUAUUCAAAAUUGUAAUUUAAAAGUGAAAAAAUGUUUAGUUUUCUGAUUUUUAAAAUAAAAAUUUACAA